UCGAAACCUCCUGAUUUUCCGAUCACUUUCUCAAAACUUUCUUGCCGUUUCUCUCCAAACCCAGAAUCCAAAACACAAAAUUUAUUGGAGUAGUCCCGCCGGUCAUCAUGUCCACCCAGAAAAGAAGUCUGCUCAAGGUCAUCGUCCUCGGCGACAGUGGGGUCGGAAAGACAUCUUUGAUGAAUAGAUACGUGUACAAGAGAUUCACUCAACACUACAAAGCCACAAUCGGAGCUGAUUUCACCACCAAAGAACUUGACAUCGACGGCAAAUCGGUCACUUUGCAGAUAUGGGACACAGCAGGGCAAGAAAGGUUUCACAGCCUAGGAGCUGCAUUUUACCGAGGGGCAGACUGCUGUGUGCUGGUGUAUGAUGUCAAUGUGCUCAAAACAUUUGAAACCCUUCAAAUUUGGCAUCAUGAGUUUCUCUUACAGACAAAUCCGAGUGAUCCUGAUUCAUUUCCCUUCGUGUUAUUGGGAAACAAGUUGGAUGUUGAUGGUGGAAAGAGCAGAGUGGUAUUUGAGAAGACAGCAAGGGAGUGGUGUGGUUCAAGGGGGGACAUGCCUUAUUUCGAGACCUCAGCCAAAGAGGAUUACAAUGUUGAUGAUGCUUUCCUCUGCAUUGCAAGAACUGCCAUAUCCAAUCAACAUGAUGAACAGGAAAUAUACUUCCCAGAGAUAAUUCGAGAGUCGAAUUCAGAAAUAGAGCCAAGAGAAAGAUGUGCAUGCUAAUCAACUUUGAUCGCAAUCGCGUCAUGUCAAGUCGAUCACCAAGGAUUAAUCCUACAAUUGUUAUUAGGAUUCAUUCUCCCUCAAUCUCAAUUAAACAAAGAGUAUCAAGUAUGGAAGACAUCGCUUUAUCUUGUGAAAAUGAGUUUGUUUUGUACAAGUUGACUGUACCGAAUAAUGUAUGCUCAAUUGGCAUACAACUUCU